AUGUCUCUCCGAGAUAGGAUCGAAAAGUUCAUGCUCGCCGAGCCACCUAAUGGAAAGGGACACAAGUUCUGCGCCCUCCAAGUCCAUCAAUCUUCUCCACGAUUAGAUCAGAACGUAUCUCCUCAUACUCCUGCUAUGCAUGAAGCAGUGGAAAAAUAUCAUGAAGAAAAUAUUAUUUAUUCCAAAGAAGAAUCUCAGAACGUCGACUUGACCACGGAGAAUGUGGAUCGAGGAGAGAAGACUGGAUUUAUACCCGGAGUACCUCCUGAUCAGAAAACUUCCUGGGUGACGAAAUUCAUAUCGGACGCCAUCUAUAAAGAAAACGUUAUUCUUAGUCUAGCUUUAUGUUGGGCCUUUGUCACAUUGUUGACGCAUGUUCUGUUGCAGGGUUGGGCGUGUGGUCAAUUUGGACCAGCUUUCCUUGACCUUCAAAUCAUCACAAGAACAGACGUAACUGAAGCGUCUGGUUUCUUGACCAGCAGAUCUGUUGGGUAUCUAGCGGGUUCUGUGAUCACUGGAAUACUUUUUGACAGAUUUAGCAAGUUACUUUUGGUGUCGAUCUUUCCAUUCGCGGGUGCAGUAAUAUCAGCCGUCCUGCCCUGGUGCUUCCGGUACGAACUCAUGCUAGCGGUGCAGUUUUUUGGCGGUUUCUACGGAGGAGGAAUCGAUGCUAGUGGAAACGCUCUUCUCAUGUACAUUUGGGGGCGAGAAGGGAAUUCCUUCAUGCAGGCGUUACACUUCUCCUUCGCCUUUGGUGGUAUCUUGUCUCCGUUGGCAACUUCACCUUUUCUCCUGGACACACCUGAUGAUUCAAAUGACACCUUUACGACUGAUGACACACUCUUCACUCCGGAUAGUGGCUACAAUAUCAAUGUGUCUUACUACACAAACAAUACUAUUAUCAAUUCUAGUACAGUUCGCAAUGUUAUCACUUUCGACAAUGACAAUGACAUCUCUAGACUGUAUAUAGCAUACAGUUUAACUGCCGGUAUGCACCUGUCCUGUGCCAUACCCCUGUUUAUUAUAUAUCUGAGAUCACGAAAACCCCAACGAAACCAUAUACCAAAGAUAACAGACCGUGACGAUCAACGGAUAACGAGGGAGCAUACUUUUGGAUUUAAAAUUCUAAUUCUCGUUUGUCUGUGUCUGUUUAUGGCAGUGUACUGUGCCAUGGAGGAAACAUUCACUGCAUAUUUGACAUCGUUCUGCGUAACACAGUUGGCCUGGUCAAAGGUCCAAGGAUCCUACGCCACAUCGCUGUACUGGGCUGUCUUCGGGCUCGCUCGCUUCUCAGGAAUUUGGGUGGCAAAAUAUGUUUCCCCUACAAAAAUCAUUUGUGUGUUAACCAUUGUUUUGUGUGUUGAUUUAGGAGCACUUUAUGUUUCUGCAAGCUUCUCGAUUGAUGGAGGUAUCUGGGCAUGCGCAGUUUUCACGGGAGCAUCAAUGUCCCUAAUCUAUCCAUGCUUGAUCAUGUUGACAGAAGAAAAACUACUUCCGGUUUCGGGCAAAGUAAUGUCCCUCUUUAUGCUGUCAUCGUCAGGUGGUUCUACAGCCAACCCAAUCAUUUUAGGAUACUUAAUUGAAACCUUCACGCCUAUGUGGUUCACAUACCUGUUGUUUGGGGAGAGCGUAUUGUUGAUUAUUCUAUUUCUUAUCCUCCUACUGAUAGCGAGGCUGUCGGAUUCGAGAUACGGUACCAGUCACUCACAUAAAAACGACAUUGGAGAAUCGAAUCAAAAAUCGAACGAAUAUGUUUUGGAGCGUGAAAAAUUAUCGGCGUAAAUGGUAGCAAUUCAAAAUAUCACAUAGCAGAUAGUAUAAUAAGAUCCUGUUCAUCACAUAACUCAAGUCACGAGUGUAAGAAUAUGUUAUUACAUAACUUGUACUUAUGACAAUUUAAGUAAACACUUUCAAAUUUGUUUCUUCACUUGCAUAUAAGACAAGGGAAUUCCGACUCGGACGUACGUUUUCACUAUCACUUUCACAAUCGGACGAUGUCACAGAUUUAUUGUGACGUCAAAGAUACAUUUACAUUGGGGUGACUACAUAGUGCUCGGUGUGUGUUAGCCUUAUGGGUUGCUAACAGUUUCAAAAGUACGAAGCUGAAAUUCAAUUGAGCCUGCUUCGAUCUGACGUUUUGACAUGAGACCGUCUGAGGGGGAGAGGGGUUCAAAGUUAAAAAAAAAUUAGGAGCGAGCUCCCAGACAAUUUCAAAAUCACAAUUUUGGAGCGCGCUCCCAAAUAUAUUUUUGACUGCGCUCCAACAUAAUCGAUAUACUGAUUGAUGUUG